CAAAGGAGGAUAUGGCAAAGGAGCUUUGGGGAGAAAGGGACAAAUCAGAGUUUACUCCCACUCUAGGAUAAUCUAGGAUAAAAUCCCUGUGGUUUGAAACAGUGCUGUGAACACUCAGAAAGCUGAAAAAAAAAUAAGGUAUUAUUUUUGGCUGAAAGUCUUUAUGGCUGAUGCAGGAACUCUCUCAUUAGUUACUCAUUGCCUCAGCAAGUCUCAUAAAACAGCCAGCAGAGCCCAGCAAAUACUUCAGUGUUGUGGAAGCUCAGAAAUCCAGGAAUUGAACGAGGCCUUGAACCCAUUUUAUGGACUCACUUCUAACUGAACAACCAUAAAAUAUUAAAAUUCUGACCCUAUAAAUAAGGAGGGGAAAGAACUGUGUAUUUCUCAGCAGAAGCAGCCUCUCCAGAGACUCUUCCCAAGAAUGGCGCGGAGCCACAGCCUCGCCCUCCCCUGCCGAGUGCCCGUCCUUGCUCUUUCCUUCUUGGCAUGUGUGGCCACAGGUUUGCAACUGUCUGUAAACAACCAUGCUGCUGACUUCACCCUGUCCACAGAGCUUGGCCCUCCCAUUUCUCUCUCGUGCCUCGUACACAACAGCAGCCAGGCUGAGGAGCUGCUCUGGUACCGUGGAAAUGGGAAAGUGGGGCUGAAAGAGGGGAAUAAAGUGAACAUCAGCAACAUCUGCAUAUCCCCAGUCAAUGAGUCUGACAAUGGAGUCACCUUCACGUGCAGGCUGGCACGGGACAAGUCUGUGCAGGUGUCUGUGAUCCUGGAUGUCCAGUUUCCCCCCCAGCUGAGUGGAGAGGAGACCCUCCAUGUGGAAGAAGAAAAAGAUGUUACUCUGACCUGCAACUCCAAAUCCAACCCUCAAGCCCAAAGCACCUGGCUGAAGGACAACCAAAGCUUGACCCUGCAGCAAAGUCACCAUGAGGUGUACCAGACCAGUGAGAUCUUUCGGCUCUCUAUCAAGAAAGUGCAGAAGUCUGACAAUGGGACCUACACCUGUGUGAUGGAGUCACCCCUGGGACGUGGGACAAGGGAUUUCUACCUCAUAGUUGAAGAUAAAAAACCUGUUUUUCCCACGGAGGCUGUUAUUGCUGCUGCAGUGGUGGUUUCACUCACAAUACUUUUUGGAAUUGUGGCUCGAAAAGAUAAAAUUUUUAAGUGCUUCAAGAAACCUUCAAGAGAAAUAGCUCUGAGUUGAUUUUUCGCUUCUUCCAUUCAUUUUGCUGCAGGUGAAGAACUCCCAGAAAACAUCAUUUCUAGUGGUCAACCAAAGCCAUAGUGUGAGAUGAUGAGAUAAAGCACUGAAACAGUUUUUUUGGAAUCAAGUUUAUACGUUUUUUCAAAAUAUAAGUGGUUCUUUGUGUCUGUUGAUUCUAACCUGCUGCUUAGAGGGUCAGAACUGUUAGAACUGGUCACUGGAAAACCUUUCUUUGGAGCAGCAUUGAGGCAGGUGGGCUGCAUGAAAUGAUGCCAGCUCUUGCCCUCAGUGCUUAUUCCAACAUGGAAUGCGUGUGCAGCUGGGCACGUGGGUUGUGGAUCAGUCUGCAGAGGAAUCUUUACUGGAUUAUGAUGGCCACCCAACUCCCUAUCCCUUCCCAAUGAUCCUAUGGGCAUCUCAGCUUCUCUUGCCAGGGCAAAAGCUGCCUGGCACUCAGCACUGCUGCUGCACCUCCUGUCUCCAUGGCUGAGACAGACCCCAGGGCUCGAUGACACACAGUGAAGUUACAGUGAUUGCUCCAGCACCCAAAUGGGUGGAAAUCCAUCCAUCCCUUCCCCCAACAAAUGUGCCACUCAAGCACUUUUCUCAAGGCUGUUGAGGCCUCAUCAUGCCUUGGAAUAGUCCAUUACUAAUACUGUCAAUAAACACUGCGUGCUGUAAAUCAA